CGCCGUGUGCUCGCCAUCCCAGAGCUGUUAGAGCUCGUCUUUGUGCACCUGGAGGACGCGGACAACGCGAUGAACGCUUUGGUAUGCAAAGCGUGGUCGGAAGUCGCCCUCGACCUCCUGUGGCGCGAAGUAGACGACCUGGAGCAAGCAUUCUCACUUCUUGCUCCCAUCGUCUCGUCGCCGGAAGAGGAAGACGUGAGUGGUAGGCGAUUUAGCAGGCCCUUGGAACCCCAUGACUGGGCGCGCUUCGUGCGCUACUCGAGCCGAGUGCGCACUCUGGAGGUCGCAUCCGACGUGGGUGAGGACCGUCUCCGGGGGGCGCAAGUCUUCGACGAGAUCGCGCAGACGCGCACGUCGGCUCACCUCUUUCCGAAACUGUCGUCCCUCACAUGGGAAGCGGGUCGACUUCGCCUGUCACUCAUGCUCAUGCACGAAAACGUCAAACAAUUCGCGGUCCAUCUUACCCCAUCUCCGACAUACACCUUCGGCGUGCUGUUCCAGGACAUUGCGCUCCGCAUGCCGAAGCUUACCAAACUCGACCUUCGGUUCGAGUUCUCUGUGCGCGAAAUCGAGGACGACCUGUGCCGCCUGUAUAGCGCACUACCCAAGCUCAAGAUCGUCAUCCUGCCCAAAUUCUGCAUCACGAGCCGCAUCACCGAGACGCUCUCACGAAGCGAGCACAUCGAAGUCAUCCAGUUCGAAUUCUUCGAGCACCAGGGCUCCGGUUCAGCUGCAGACAUCACCGAGUGGGACCCAAGGCUCGCCGAAGGCGCUUUCCCUUCGUUGGAUGACCUCAGCGUGAGCGUGCACUUCCCGGCCCUCCUCCGCUUCCUGUCGGCGCCCUUCUUCCCCCGCCAUCUCCGCAAGCUCUACGUGCACUCCAUCAACCCCGAGUCCCCCGCGGCCGUGCACGAAGUGGUCGCCGCGGUCGUCUCCGCCUGCCCCCGCCUCACCGAGUUCGCGCUCGACUACGCCGGCGACCCCCACCCCUCGCCCUUCCGCGGCGGCGCCGCAGCCCCAGACGAGCAGCUCACCCUCGACACCCUCCGCCCGCUCCUCGCCGUCCCCACGCUCACCACGCUCACCGUCAACUGGGACACCCCGCUCGCGCUCGCCCCGGCCGACCUCGACGCCCUCGCCCGCGCCUGGCCCCGCCUCGAGCACCUCGAGCUCAGCGUCGCGCCCGUGCGCGCCGCCGUCGACCCCUCCGGGCCCCCGCCGCUCACGCUCGCCGCGCUCGUCCCCUUCGCGCGCCACUGCCCGCGCCUCCGCGAGCUCGGCCUCUUCCUCGCCGCCCGCGCCGCCGACGUCCGCCCCCCCACCGCGGACGCCCUCCUCCUCAGCGGCGCGGGCGUCGCGGGCGUGCGCUUCUCCCCCGCGCUCGAGUGGCUCCACGUCGGCUGCUCGCCGAUCGACGACGCCGAGGCCGUCGCGCGCUUCCUCUCGCGCGUGCUGCCCCCCGGGGUGCGGGUGAGCGUCGACGCCGGCCCGGGCGGGCGGCAGUGGGGCCGCGUCGCGGUCGAGGGCGAGGCGGACGCGCGCGCGCACGCGGCGCGGAGGGCGGAGACGGAGGCGGGGGCCGCGCGGUGGACCGAGGUCGCGCGGCUGCUGCCGCCGCUCGCGCGGGUGCGCGCGGAGGAGCGCGGGAGGCGCGCGGCGCUCGAGCGGGAGGUGGAGGAUCUGAGGAUGCGGUGCGGGGUGCUGGAGGAGCGGCGGGCCGCGGGCGCGGCGGCGGCGAUGGUGGACGAGGGGUGUGUGCUGCUGUGA